AUGCCUCUCCCUACCAACCCAGCCGUCGGGAAGGUCAAGAGAUCACCAUGGCAGAGAUCAUACAGUACGCCCGUGUCGAAUCGAGUUGAUAGGACACCGACAACAAUAUCCGAGGCCACGAGAAAGAAGCUCGAGAAGCUCAAAUUCCGUGCGAAAAAGGACUCCCCGGCCGAAGCAAAGACAGCAGACCCAUCGAACAAAGAAAACACCAGGCCCGGCCUUAAUAAUGCAGAGACGGCAGAAGAUGGAACGAACCAACCCACCUCCACCCCCGUAAACGAUGUUAGCAGCAAUACGAAGACGAAUGAAUUGCUCGAUUCAAUUUUCGACGAUGACGGGCAUACGUCCCCAAAUGAUAGAGUCAUGUGGGCCGCAGCUAUGCAAGAUGACCGAGACAUGUAUACCUCGGUGAGAGAUGUUGUGCGCCGUAGGAAAGGAAGGAAGCGAGCCAGAAGUUCGUCGCCCACUUCUUCGCCCAUAAGCAAGGCGAAUUCACCGGCAAUCAAUAUCAAGCAGCUAGCACAAGCUCUGAGGUCUCCCCAUCCUGAUCCCACCUUGGAACUCUGGGACCGAUACACUCGGAGAUGCUUCAUUGGUGACGGUUCUCCCCAGGACAGGUGUGGCAACGGGCUGGCGGACUUUCUUGUGUCUUCGUCGCCGAGGCCACCGAAUGACGGAAAUGGUAUCACCCCGCAGAAGGAAUCCGCUUUGCGACGAGCCGUGGCGUCCAAUCGUCUUCACUUUAACAAGAGGCGGAAGAUUGAGACGGAAGACGACUCGCCGACCUAUAUGACGACUGGUGGUGGCCAGUCAAAAUAUUCACUGGUAACCUCUCUUCUGGAUUCUGUCACGUCUAGUAUGCAGGACAUACCCCAGAAUCAGGACCAGAGUCCACUGCACAUGAGGGAAGGCACCAGGCAAUCUCACCCGCGACCUCCGGCAGAAUCUCCGUCGCCAGCGAAGCGGACACGGGCGGCCUUGGUCCCCACUCCCCAACCGAUCCAGUUUAACUCGAACCAGACUCCACCCGCCCCGGCAUUACCUGCUCCCGCCGUAUCUGAUUAUGGUGACGACGACUUCGAUGAUGACAUCCUAAUGGCGAUCGACGCUCAAGUUAGUUCUACGGCCGUUGCGGCGCCUCCAGUUACUCCUGGAGCGACAAACCAAGCACCGAGGCGAUCUCCACGAAAGUCUCCCAGAGAACAGGCCAACCCUCUAGCUCAAGAUCAGACGAUAUUAGACGACACAUCCGACUAUGGUCUUGACGACAUCGAUGACGACGUGUUUGUACUCGCUGAGCAGGCCGUUGUGAGGGAUCCUGUGCCCGCUGUUACGAUCGACCUGGUGUCUCAAGAGAAACCGGCCGUUGAAGAAGAAGAUCUACUGGAUGAUGACCUCGGCGACGAUGAUGACUGGAAUGCGGUAGAACUGGCAGCUACACAAGCAGUAGCUAGCCAGGCAGCACACCAGCACAUUCCGAAGCCGUCGAACGUUUCCGAAUCCAUUCCUCGAAGCCAAAAGCCCCGAGCUAUCCAGCGGUACUUGGUGACGUCUGUUAUUCCUAGUGAAUAUGUUGAUAAGCAUGGAAGAGAGCUUCCGGAGAAGAUGCUUCUACUCGAGGUCGAUGGUACAAAUAAGAUGCAAUUAGCUUCGCUUCGAGGAGAGUGGUACGAUACCGAGGUGGAAGAAUCGUCUUAUGUCCACGUCAUUGGGGACUUCGAUAGUACCGGGCGCUGUGUCAUAGACGAUGAUCAGAAUAUACUAAUCCUACACCCCGAUCAGCUCAUCUCGGCAACUGUCGUGGCGGACUCCUUUGGUUGUAUGCGGCGUGCUGUGUUGCAGGAUCGCGUCAAGGCGACGAGCGAGCCUACGCCUCCGCUCGUUUAUGGCACUCUCCUCCACGAAAUCUUCCAGGAAGCUCUCACGGCCAGGUGCUGGGAACCGCGGUUCCUUACCGACGUUAUCAACCGAAUCACAGAGAAGCAUGUCGAGGAUCUCUACACCAUCAAGGUUACCAUACCGACGGCGCGAGAGCAUCUCCAGUCGAAAAUGCCCGAGCUCAGGAAUUGGGCGGCGACUUUUGUCUCUCCUUACCCUAAGCCCGACGCAUUCGUCCAAGACCGAAACCAAAAGAAGGUCAAUAUGUGUAUAAGCAAGCUCCUCGACGUCGAAGAACAUGUCUGGUCACCCAUGUACGGGCUCAAAGGCAAUAUCGACGCCACUGUACAAGCCACCUUCAAGGAUGGUCUCCAGUCACAGACUUUGACGGUGCCGUUGGAAGUUAAGACUGGCAAGCACGCCAGUGCCCAUCACACUGCUCAAACGGCACUUUACAACUUGCUCCUUUCCGACCGCUACGACAUCGAUAUUACCUCUGGUCUAUUGUAUUACAUGGAGUCGUCGACAACUAUGCGAGUGCCCACGAUUCGGCGGGAGAUUCUGCACAUGAUUAUGCAGCGCAACAGGCUUGCGGCUUAUAUUCGCCAGCGAAGCGUCCAGCUUCCGCCGAUGAUGAAGAAGCAAAAUAUGUGCGGGAAAUGCUACGCCCAGACGUCGUGCUUCAUCUACCACAAGCUAGCAGACGAAGGGGACGGCGAGACGAGCGGGAUGGGUACCAAGUUCAACGAAGUUGUGAAGCAUCUGACGCCUAUCCACCGCGACUUCUUCCUCAAGUGGGAGAAUCUCUUGACUUGGGAAGAGAAGGAGAGCCAGAAGCUGAAGCGCGAACUCUGGACGAUGAUUAGCUCUGCCCGCGAGAAAGUGGGUCGCUGCUUUUCGGAUGUGGUUAUUGACCAGGUCCUAGGGCAGUCGGACAGCUCGAAAAUCAACCGAUUCCAGUAUUCCUUUGUCAAGCACUCCCCCGCAUCAAGCUUUUCUUUCCUAGAGUCGCAGAUUACGGUUGGUGAGCCCGUGGUUGUGUCUGAUGAGCAGGGCCACUUUGCCCUGGCUCUCGGGUAUGUUACUGGCGUCCGAAAGAACAGGGUUACAGUGGCCGUAGAUCGACGACUUCACAACGCGCGCAUUCGGCAACCCGGGUUCGAUGAAGUCGACAACCAAGUCUUUGCUGGAAUCAUGGACACGAACACCAAAAAGGGCGAUCAGGCAUCUCUCGACGAGGCGAAUGCGCUGCCAAUGACCAGGUAUCGGAUAGACAAGGACGAAUUCAGCAACGGCAUGUCCGUUGUUCGGAACAACCUAGUCCAAAUCAUGGCAGAUGGCGUCUUCGGUGCGCAGCAAAUUCGCCGGCUUGUCGUAGACCUUGAUUCCCCCCGAUUCAAGACAGCACCCACGCAAUACCAUAUUCCAGGACACGAUAGCCUCAACGUUGACCAGAAGCGCGCCGUCGAAAAGGUCAUGAGCGCUCAGGAUUACGCACUCGUUCUAGGCAUGCCCGGAACUGGAAAGACGACGACCAUCGCCCACAUUAUCCGCGCGUUGGUGGGACAGGGCAAGAGCGUCUUGCUCACCUCGUACACGCACACAGCUGUGGACAACAUCUUGCUGAAGCUCAUGAGAGACAAGAUCAAUAUUCUGCGUCUCGGAGCUCCCGUCAAGGUCCACCCCGAGGUCCAAGAUUUUGUUACCCUCGCGGGCAAUCCCAUGACAUCCUUUGAGGAGAUCAAAGAGGCGUGGCAUGGCACUCCCGUCGUCGCCACGACUUGUCUGGGCAUUAGCCAUCCGAUAUUCAACGAACGAACUUUUGAUUACUGCAUCGUCGACGAAGCAUCGCAGAUUACCCUCCCCGUCUGUCUCGGCCCCAUUCGCAUGGCGCGCACAUUCGUACUCGUUGGGGACCACAACCAGCUGCCCCCACUCGUGCAGAACGAAAAGGCUCGCGAAGGUGGCCUCGACGUGUCGCUCUUCAAACUCUUGUCCGAUACGCACCCCGAUAGCGUCGUCAACCUGGAGCAUCAAUAUCGAAUGAACGAGGACAUCAUGACGCUCAGCAAUACGCUCAUCUACAACGGCAGACUUCGCUGCGGCACGGAAGAGUUGAAGACCAGGAACUUGGAGGUACCAAACAUGGCGGGGCUGAAGCAGCGGCACUAUGAUGCCACGGCGCUCGCGAACCCAACCAUAGCGGCAAUGGCACCGACCUCGGUCUGCAAGGGCGGCGCAUCCCAGUGCUGGCUCCAAAAAGCGCUCCGGCCGGAAACCCGCGUGUGCUUCAUCAACACGGACACGCUCGUCCCCCGCAUCCGCGAAGAAGCCAAGGGUAGUCGAAUCGUCAACCCCUCCGAAGCUCAAAUCGUCACACAGCUCGUCGAGUCCCUCAUCACGAUCGGCGUGCCCGCCUCGGAAAUCGGCGUCAUGACGCACUACCGCUCGCAGCUCUCGCUCCUCAAGCACUCGCUGCGCCACACAGGCGUCGAGAUGCACACGGCCGAUCGGUUCCAGGGCCGCGAUAAAGAUGUCGUCGUGCUCUCGCUCGUGCGCUGCAACGACGCGAAUAACAUCGGCGAUCUCCUGCGUGAUUGGCGGCGCAUCAACGUCGCGUUCACGCGUGCCAAGACGAAGUUGCUCGUUGUCGGGAGCAGAGAGACGCUCGGCGGGGCGGGGACGGAGAUGGUGGCCAGGUUUGUCAGGUUGAUGGAGGAGAAGGCUUGGGUGUUGGAUUUACCCGGGGAUGCGCUGCACAGUCACUUUUUCGAGGAGGGGCUUACGCAGAGCUUGAGAACGCCGCUGAAGGGGAGGGGGUCGCCGAGUAAGCGCUCGCCGUUGAAAGGGAGGAUGAAGUCGCCUGCGAAAGUCCUCGGGGCUGGCAGGAAGUUGUUUGGUGCUGGGGUUGGCAAGGAGAAUAUGGCGGGGGCGGGUCCGAAGAGGGUCGGUAUGAGUGACAAGGUGCUGGGGAGCAGGUUUGUUGUUGGGAGGGAUAUUCUUAAUGAGUUGACGGAUGGGCAAGCUGGACGUCAGUUGUAA